UAAUGCAGGGCUUCACAGAUCUCUGCAGCAGAAUUAUUUGAGGGCUCUAGCUGGGCAGUUGUGUUUUUUCGGAGACUAUGAUUUCUUUCCUGGAGUUUUUGAGAAGCUUGAGCAUCUUCUGUGCUGUUUUAGCACAGGUGUCUGGAGUGGAAAGAACCUUCUAUAUUGGGAUUCGAGAGGAAGAGUGGGAUUAUGCACCAAGUGGAAAGAAUAUGAUCAAUGGGAAGCGUAUUGCAGAGGAUGAGCAGGCAGCAGUAUUUCUGCAGCGCGGGGCUCGGCGGAUUGGCAGUGUAUAUAAAAAGGCGAUUUACAGGCAGUACACAGAUUCUUCUUACUCUCAGGAGGUCUCCAAACCCCCCUGGCUGGGUUACCUGGGGCCCAUCAUGAGGGCUGAAGAGCAGGAUGUUAUCAGAGUGCACAUGAAGAACUUUGGUUCCAGACGUUACUCCAUGCAUCCACACGGCGUCUUCUAUGCUAAAGACUCAGAAGGUGCGUUGUAUCCAGACGGAACCUCAGACAGUCUGAAGCAGGAUGACGGUGUUCCUCCAGGGGGAAACUACACCUACACCUGGAUUGUGAAAGCAGAAUCUGCCCCUCAGGAGGAUGACCCAAACUGUCUGACCUGGGCCUACCAUUCACACGUCAGUGCUUCACAGGACAUCUCCUCCGGCCUUAUUGGAGCCCUUCUCACCUGUAAAAAAGGAACCCUGUGUGAGACGUCCGCUUCAGAGCAGCAUCACGGCCAUCGUGAGGAUGUGGACCAGGAUCUCAUCCUCAUGUUCAGUGUGGUGGAUGAGAACAUCAGCUGGUAUCUGAAAGAGAACAUCCAGAGCUUCUGCUCCGACCCAGAUGGUGUGGAUCCUGCUAGUCAUGAUUUCCAAGAAUCCAAUUUGAUGCAUGCCAUUAAUGGAUAUAUGUAUGGCAAUCUACCAGGCAUAGAGUUUUGCCAAAAUCGCACAGUUGCUCUGCAUCUCUUUGGCAUGGGCAAUGAGAUCGACAUUCACUCAGUUUACUUCCAUGGGCACACGCUUCUGGACCGUGGGCACCGUGUGGAUGUCAUGAAUCUGUUUUCUGCCACUUUUGCCAUGGCAGACAUGGUUCCUGCAACAAUAGGGACAUGGCUGUUAAACUGCCAGGUCAAUGAUCAUCUGCAAGCUGGUAUGCAGGCACUUUUCAACGUGUCAUCCUGCAGUAAUGAGGCGAGCUCCACGGCUCCUCUCAGUGGAAAGAUCAGGAAGUAUUUCAUUGCAGCUGAGAAGGUUCAGUGGAAUUACGCACCAUCAGGGAUAAACCAACUCACCAAUGAGUCUCUGACCAAUCCUGGGAGCUUUUCAGAGGUUUUCUUUGGGGCCAAUGAUAGCCGAAUUGGAGGAAAGUACUGGAAGGUGAUUUACAGAGAAUAUACAGAUAAGACUUUCACUUUAAAGAGAAAACGAACCAGUGCUCAGACUCAUCUAGGCAUACUGGGUCCAGUACUCAGAGCAGAGGUUGGAGAUACACUUCAGGUGAUGUUCAUAAACAAAGCUGAUAGAAACUACAGCAUCCAGCCCCAUGGACUCCACUACGACAAACCCUUCGAGGGAGUAUUUUAUCAAGAUGGUAUGAAGAGGAAAGGAUAUGAAGUUCAGCCAGGUGAAACGUUCACCUACAUGUGGAAGUUGAGGGAAGGACCAUCUGAAAGUGACCCUCCCUGUAUUUCCUACCUGUACUUCUCCUCUAGUGAUGCAGUCAGAGACACUAACUCUGGCCUCGCAGGCCCCCUGCUGGUGUGUAAGAAAGAUGCACUGACAUCCAGUGGCACUCAGAAAGAGGUGGAUCAUGAGUUUUUCCUGCUUUUUACUGUGUUCAAUGAAAAUCUCAGCUGGUACUUGGAUCAGAACAUUGAAACAUUUGGCACCAAUGAGUCAGACCCAGAAAAUCUGGACUUUCAGGAGAGCAAUACAAUGCAUGCUGUGAAUGGUUUCAUGUAUGGGAACCUACCUGGCCUUGAGAUGAAUAAGGGGUCCAGGGUCAGAUGGCAUCUCUUGGGACUUGGCACAGAGAUGGACAUUCAUGGCAUUUACUUCCAAGGCAACACCUUCGAGAAACAGGGCACAACACAUGACACGCUGAGCCUGUUUCCACACACUGCAGUCACUGUGUUCAUGGCACCAGAUGUCAGUGGUGUAUUUGAGCUGAGCUGUCUAGUGUGGGAUCACUUUGAUAGUGGGAUGAGACAACUGUAUGAAGUGACAGGACCAAGAUAUGAAGAGCCCUCAGUCUCACCAUCUGAGACAGUGGAGUAUUUUAUCAGUGCUGAAGAGCUGGAGUGGGACUAUUCACCUGAUCGCACAUGGGAACUGCAGAACUUCAACACAACGGAGGAUGAAAGUCCUGGCAGUCUAUUUGUGGGGACAGGAGGAAACAAACUGGGCUCCAAGUAUAGGAAAGUUGUUUAUCGAGAAUACACCGAUGCCACCUUCACGACAAGAAAAGAGAGAGAGCCUCAAGAGACACACUUGGAGAUUUUAGGGCCUAUGAUCCGAGCUGAAGUUGGCCAAGUUUUGCUGAUCACAUUCAUGAAUAAAGCUAGUCAUCCUCAUUCGAUACAAGCACAUGGAGUCAGAUCUUUUACUUCAAAACCUGAGGACGUCAUGCCAGGUAAUAUGGCUCAGUACCAGUGGCUCAUUCCGGAGAAAUCCGGUCCAGGCGUGUCUGAUCCGAACUGCAUUGCUUUUGCCUACUGCUCAGCUGUGGACUUUGUUAAGGAUACAGCCAGUGGUCUGAUUGGGCCAUUAAUGAUCUGCAGGAAGGGAACACUGAACCAGGAUAGACAGAGAACUGAUGUGGACAGAGAAUUUGCUCUCCUUUUCAUGGUGUUUGAUGAGAACAAAUCCUGGUACCUGGAAGAAAACAUUGAAUCCUACUACAACAGCUCAGAACCUCUUCUUCGAGAUGACGAGUUUCAGAAAAGCAACAAGAUGUAUGGGAUAAAUGGAAAAGUUUAUGCAAACCUUCAGGGACUGGAAAUGGUGGUGGGGGAAAGAGUGGUCUGGUACUUGUUUGGGAUGGGUAAUGAAGCAGACAUUCACACCGUCCACUUUCACGCUGAGACCUUUACCUACAAGACAGAUCAUACUCACCGCACUGAUGUGUAUGACCUGAUCCCGGGGUCAUUUCAGACAUUAGAGAUGGUGGCAGAGGUCAAUGGAACGUGGCUUCUGCACUGUCAUGUCUCGCACCACAUCCUUGGUGGAAUGGACACCACUUUUACAAUCAAACCUCGAUCAGGUGGUGACUCUGUGAGGAGAUAUUUACACAUCAUUUGUUUGCUGAUCACAACAUUCAUGUUUAGACUUAUAUUUUGAUCCUUCUGUAGACGUAUACUGUACUUCUUAAUUACUCUCAACAACUAUAUUUCAGCAGUGUUCAAGUUUAGGGUUAGUAGGAUAAACCUCCCCCCUCCCCCUGCACACCAAGGUUUAUGAAAAAUACAGCAAUAACAUAUUGUAGAAUAUGAUUAAUUAAAUUUUUCUCUCUUCAGUUUAGUUUUCAGUGUCAGUGCUGCUUAACAUUUUUGUGGAAACUUUUUUUAGGAUUCUUUUAUGAAGUAAAAGUAAAAAAGCAAUUAUUUGAAUUAGUUUAUGUAACAUUGCAAAUGUUUUUUGUUCAUUAAUUAAUUUUCUCUCAGCUUAGUGCCUGAUUUAUCAGGUUUCACCACAGCAGAAUGAACCACCAACUACUCUGGCAUACUGUAUAUGUUUUAUGCAGCGGAUAUGUUUUUUGUUGUUGCUGUGGUUGUAAAUUUUAAACAAUUAAAUUUUUACUGAAGACAAAUAUUUUCCAAAAUCCUACUGCCCCUAAAACUUUGAUCAAUAGUGUAAAAUGUGUAUGUGUGCUUAUGAAAUUACAUUUCAAGUAUUUGUAUAGACUCACAGUGAUUGUAGAUUUGAGAUGAUUUGCUAAUGAUUUAUGUAUCAAAAUAAAACCAUUAUCAGCAUUCAAAUGUGAAACUCACUGUAAUACCCCCAGUGAGAGAAUUUCCCUUAAAUCCUGCCUGAGCAAAGAUGUGUUACUAAGCAUUUGCUUUCAAUUUAAUUUGAAGUCCUUUAAAUAAAGAUUGACUACGGAUAUAGUUACGGAUGUAAAAGGAUAAAGUCAUGAAUUUCUCAAGGCUGUUUGAAAAAGGAACUGAAAUCACAGAGGACGUGUUAAAGUGAAAAACAAGUGUGAGCUGAUUGGAGCUUAUGUAACUUGGUGAGCAGUUGUUUUUGUUCCUCUUGGUUCGUUUGAUGUGCUUUUUUUCAGCUCAGAGCUUGGAGUUCUCAAAUAACUGUACUUCAUCACGUAGACUUCAAGUAAUCGGAGGAUUAUGAUGUAAAGAAAUGAACAUUGUCAGUAAACAUUUGACUAAGACCUCAAGUGACUUCUUAGAAUAUUGUCAACAUCUGUGAAUAGUUCCCAUAUUUCUUAUCAAAACUGCUGUUUUGCAAAGAUAGCUGGCUAAAACCCCCUGAUCAAGCAUUUAGUUUUCACAGUGAUAAAGUGAGAGGCAUUGAUCACACACAUGAAAGAGGCCAUUAGCUCACUAUGGGAAAGAAUGCAAAGCUGAUUCAAAUAAACAACCUCACUGACACCCUGAAA